UUUGACAUAUCAUAGAAGGAUGACAAGCACAGAAGCGAUGAAUAACAUUGUUCUUGGUCACACAACUAAACACGGCCAUUAAUAAUGUUAUUCAUUAUACUUGCAUUAUUUCAGACAUUGGUGUAUACUGGCUUACUUAUUUUAUAAACAGGACCUGACAUUUUAAAUUGCAUUUAAAGUGGGAUAUCUAUAUUAUUUUACAGCUGGAGAUACUUCAGCCUAAGGAUGAAAGGAGACACCCCAGUGAACAGCACCAUGAGUGUCGGCCAAGCCAGGAAGCUGGUGGAACAACUGAAGAUAGAGGCUAGUUUCUGCAGGAUAAAGGUAUCAAAGGCAGCGGCCGACCUGAUGGCGUACUGCGACGCACACUCCUGUGACGACCCCCUGAUCACCCCCGUGCCCACCUCAGAGAACCCUUUCAGGGAGAAGAAGUUCUUCUGCGCUCUGCUUUGAGACCUAUCAGGGAUUGUUGUGAUUAAAAGUACAACUGUACAGUGUGUACAUGUAUGUACAGUGUGUACAUGUACUUCCAAUCUAAAUAAGACAUCAAUGUACUAUAGUAACCUUGCAUAAAAGCUGCCGAUGUACAGUACAUAAUCAACUACAAAGCGUCUUGAACUAAAUUCUUUAACUGCUAACUUCUCUCUCAGUGUUAGAGGAGAAGAACCAAAAUAACAUGGGAAUUUGACACAAAAGCUAAACAUUCAAUCAAUAAAGAGUCAGAGUCAUCACUACAAAAACAAGACUAGAAGUCGAAAGGAAAGAAAUUUAAAAGAACAGCUAUCAUCUGGUUGAAAAGUCAAACAUUUCAUGCUCAUAUAUAUAUAUAUAUAUAUAUAUAUAUAUAUAUAUAUAUAUAUAUAUUACAGGUAACUGCCAAAAAAGGAAACUGUGAGCAUUAAGUGUCUUAAAAGGCUCCACCAGUCACAGGAUCAGAUUCAUAUGGAUUCUGCAGCAUCUCUAGUUUGGAGGCUAAAUUGGGAUUACGGUGGUGCUACAUGUCUCAGAUGCUGCUCUGAUUAGGUCAGGGCUGUCAGUUCCCCACACAGAAAUUGUCCAUACGUUUGAGAUCUGGCAACUGAGAACGAGACAAGCCUAUGUUAGGUAAUUAAGUAUGACAUUUCCCAUGACUGACAGCUUUUCCAUCUGGUGACUGCGUGUAGAUGGUGUAAUAACACUUUAAUUAAAGUAAUGCUUUACUUAGAGGUGGAGGUCCUCAUACAGACUGUGUUUUUUCUCCAUCAACAUUUAGAUAUGAGUGUUUUAUCGCGUUUAUCGCCAAUAUAUUUUGUACUCCUCGUUCACUUAGGUGUUUUCUGUUUUGGCAGUUACUUGUAUCUACCAAGGACAACAUCUGUUUAUGAGUGGAUUAUAAUCAGACAUUUAUUUCAAGGUUUUAUUAAGAUUUUAGCAUUUUGCUCAUUUCUAUAACGUUGCUGUAGUGUGGAUGUGGAAGUGUGCGUGUGUGUGCAUAGGUGCUACUGUGAAACUUAAGCAACAAUUCUGAGCAUUUGAUCACUGUCAAAUCCAAGAUUUUAUAGUUGAAUAGCACACAGGCCCAAAAAAAGAGAAAACAUUCCAGGGGUUAUGGAUAUUCAAUAUAUGAUGUAAGCCAUUAAAGUAAAAUCAGCUAUUUGAGUCUGUCACAUGAACAAUUUUCUAUUUCUUUGAGGCAAAAAAUAAAUAGAGCAGUUCUAAUGUACUUUCAAAGACAGGUGUACAUCGUCAUUUUAACCAAUCAGGUCUGAGAGGUUCGCCAGAGCAGAGGGAUGCUUUCAACGGUUUUCCAGAAAAUUUAAGAACAGCCCCACCGUCUCUACUUAUUCUGAAGCCCACUGAUGUGAACGACUUGUGAGUUCCUGUUUUAAUUAAAAGGUUUCACUCUCUCUAUGGUUAUUUCUACAUCUACAGUACAGGUGGUGGUUUCAUUCUGUUAAAUCACAGGCACAACAAAAGAAACCCGCUCUCAGACAUGAUCCCAUCACAUGGAUGAGCUCUGUGGCAACUUCAGCGUGAUAAAACCUUUGGGAACCCCCCUGCUCUGGAUGGUUUCAAAAAUUAAAUCAACGUAUUUUCAAUAUGUUGCAAAUGUCGAAUUUGAAGCUUUGGCAAAAAAGUAACCAUGGAAUAUCAGACAUUGAAAUAAAAUCUGUUAUCAAAGA